UGCAUACACGGCAGCAGCAAUCAUCUACGUACCAAAGCGAGCGUUGGUCGGCUCAGUUCUCAUUCAAAUCGCUCACGGUGCGGAACGCGAAAGUUGUUGUCUGCCUUCGCGUCCACGGUCGAUACCGCGGCGGUACCUAUUGCCUACUGGUUGAUUGUUGGUUGGUUCGUGGUUUUGGUUGUCUGCUAGUGCAUUGGUCGAUUUAAAGCACCACAUCGCGAAUUCAGUGAUUUAGCUUAGCCCGCUGAAAAGUGGUUCUUGGCAGGUGACUGUUUUAAGAAUAUCGCUCAGGUUUACGCAAAAGUUGCAGCACAUCAGAAGCGCCUAGUAGUCUCUGGUGUUAAGCAGAGUGCAGAUCUGUCCAUCGCCGUGGGUUGCUAUGUUUUAGCAGCCGCCGCCAUCUUGCUGCCCGAAUCCAUGGCCUACUGAAGAAACCCGAACUGGGGGGAUGUUGCGUGCGUAUGAGUGUAUGCAAGUGUUGUUGGGCUGAUGCUGAUCCGCUGCAAAGUUGAAAAUGCGGCAGUAAUGUUACGUUUUUGCAUCACUGUCCGAUGAAGGAUGUACGCCGCGGUGUGAAAUCAUUUUCGGAAUUGAGAAAACAACCAAUUUGGCCUUAGGCCAAAAUUUCAAACCUAUAGUGUGCUUGUUGGAAUGUGCAUACCGACAGUCGACUGGUGGUGAAAACAACAAAGAAUAAUCAAUAUUGAAGCUGUGAGAGGAAAAUCCAUAGGGUGCGGUGUGGAGUGUGCUGUUGGAAGUGAGGGGUGGUAUCGAUUUUUUGAUACAUUUUCCGGCGCAUGUAGAGAGUGUGAGCGAAGAAGAAGCAGUGAGGAAACAGAGUGGUUGCAUGAUUCGAACCUUCGUUUCAAUGAGGGUGGAUAGUCCUUUUUAUUCCCGUUGACUUCAGCACAGUGGUGUGGAAGGUGCUACAACCAGAAGCAGUGUGCAGUGAGUGUACGAAUAAGUCAAUAAAGUUUUUUCUCAAAAGUUAAGAAAAUUAGGUGUGACAUGCGAAAAAAUAAUAAAACAUCAGAUAGGGGAAAAUUUAAUAAAAUAAAACAAAAAUAGGCUGCACAUGGCCAGACAAGUAGAUGGUCUUAAAAAGAUAAAGGUAAGACCAAGAACUACCGAAAAGGGGAAAGCAAAUAAGCAACUCAAGUGCGGUGGUGCAAACCGGCAGAGCAAAGUGCAAGAAGCCCACACAACAACGGCGCGACACCGACUCGAAGGCGACAACGGGGAAUGACAUUGCCUUGCCAUCCGACGAACGAAAAGGUGAGCGAUUGCAGUCAGCCCUUUUUUCUGGAUCGCGUGCAAGAGUCUUCUGGUUGCCUCCAUCCCCAUACCGGACGAACAAAAAUCGAUUGAAGUAUUUCGUCACAGCCGAAAAAUUGUUUGCAAACGCGUGCUGAGAAAACCACACACCUCGACUAUCGGCGAUAAUCUGAAGUUAUCAGUGUGGUUCCGGUGAAAAUUGCGGUGCAUCGUCCGAUACGCAAAAAAUAUCUGUUAUGUGUUAUGAUGAGUGAAUAGUGCAGUAAGGGUAUAAUUUGGCAAUCCAGUAAAGCAAAGAAGAAAAAAAAAAUCAAAUUGAUCGAAAGUUUCGCGAUUGAUGUUUGUGCCUGUCGCAAUCCACUUCAAUUGCCAUCAGUGUGCCUAGUUGAAGAGCAUCAUCGAUCGGCCAAACACAGGCCUUCGGCAUAAUAUGUUGGCAUAUGAUGUACAACAGCCUCAGAGAUGUGUGAAUGAUUCAAAGUGUUAAGUUUCAUAAGUUUCAACAGCAGCAGCAGCCUAUCCAUUCAAAGAAGCUCGAUCGAUUGAAAGUGAAAAUGGAAGCAAUCGAUGGCUCCACCAGUAGAAGAGCCAGUGGUAAUAAUGGUCGUAGAGGCGUUGCUUUGAAUAGAGUAAUCGUGAAAAUGACUGAAACACCCCAGGGCCGGUACUCAACACUGGGUGCCUAAAGAUGAAGUGUUAAUUAGGAAAUUUAUCGAAGCAUCAACGAAACAAAAGGGAAAUUCUAGUAACCGAAAUUUAAAGUACAAAUCGUGAAAAAUUGUGGGGUACCCAGGGGGUGGGAUUAUAGUGCUGUAUUGCCACUGAAUAAGGCUGAGAUGGAGUAUAGCAAAGGUGAAAUGACUGCAGGUUCUACCGGGCAGCAGCAGCAGCAGCAGAUGGCGCGAAUACAAGACUAUAGCACCGUGAGCACGUCGAUGCCGAAUUUGGGCCAGGGUGAACAGGAUAAUCUGAAAAAGAGCAUGAUGUCCAUCCACCAGGAGCUCGACCAAAUGGGCAUCAAAAACGACCAACCGCCAGCGUACACGCAGGCCGUCGCCGGGGACGACGUUCACGGCACGGACAGCAGCGUUGACAACGACAACGUGUGCCAGACCGGGUGGCCCAAUAUGCCGGGGGCCAUUCCGGGGAUGGCAAACAAACCGGCCGGCUGGAUGGAUGGGCUGUUCGGGUGUAUGCGGCCGGUGCUGUCGCUGAUCGGCAAAAGCCACAUCAUGGAGAUGAAGAGCAAACAGACUGAAGACUGGGAAAUUCCCUUCGAUACCAUUACCGAUCUGGUGUGGCUCGGCGCCGGCGCCCAGGGGGCCGUUUUUCGGGGAAAACUGCGGAACGAACUGGUCGCCGUUAAGAAAGUCCGCGAGGUCAAGGAAACGGACAUCAAACACCUGAGGAAGUUGGACCACGAGAACAUUGUGAAAUUCAAAGGCGUAUGUACCCAGGCGCCAGUGUUUUGCAUAGUCAUGGAAUUCUGCCCCUUCGGGCCGCUGCAUCAGAUCCUGGCCCUGGACGGCAUGGAUAUCGUUUCGCCGCAACGGUUGGUGUCCUGGUCGCUGCAGAUCGCACACGGCAUGCAGUAUCUCCACUCGCAUAAGAUCAUCCACCGAGAUCUGAAGAGUCCCAACAUUCUGAUAGGCGAAGGAGAGGUGAUCAAGAUCUCCGAUUUCGGAACAUCGCGCGAGUGGAACGACAUCAGUACAAAGAUGAGCUUUGCCGGUACGGUUGCCUGGAUGGCACCGGAGGUAAUCCGCAACGAGCCCUGCAAUGAAAAGGUCGACAUCUGGUCCUACGGGGUGGUCCUGUGGGAAUUGUUGACCUGUGAGGUGCCAUACAAGAACGUAGACUCGUCGCAGAUCAUCUACGGCGUGGGCAACAACUCGCUCUACUUGCCAAUUCCUUCCAGCUGUCCGGAGGGCUUUAAGCUGCUCAUUAAACAGUGCUGGAGCCCCAAGCCUCGCAAUAGGCCCUCGUUCAAAAUCAUCCUGACACACUUGGAGAUCGCGGGCAGUGAAUUGCUGAGCCAAUGCAUCAAGGAGCAGGAGUACUACGAAACGCAAAAAUCCUGGCGGGAAGAGAUCCGCGGCCACAUGCAAAAACUGACCAGCAGUGGGAUGGACAUCCAGAAGUACGAGCAAGAGCUGAUCAAAAAGCGGAAGGACGAGUGGAAGCAUGCUCAAGACAUCCGAAUGGUGUACCAGCGAAAGCUGGAAAGGACGAAUACCAUGUACCUGCAGCUGAGUGCGAUCUACGUGCAGCUGAAACAGAAGGAGAGGGAGAUUGCAGAACGCGAAAAGCAACUUCCCGGCUACAAACCCCGAAAGUGUGGCAACUUACUCAAGCGAAGUGGAGAAAAACCCAGUCGAAAACGUACAGCAGCAAACAUUCCGCCAACGAUGCUAAGCCCAACUCAACAGUCGCAUGCCCCGACACCAUUCCCCACUGGGACGCAGGUCGUCCCUGGUGAAUCCACUACCCCUAGUCCAACUUCGGCCCCCAACACUCCCAUGAAGGCCACCCUAUAUGCUCAAUUAGAUGGUACGAACAACAGCCCCAAAUCGGUGGUCAUCAUUCCUCCUGGAGUGGUGACCUCCGGUUCCAACUCAGCGGGGCGGACGAAAAAGUUCCGCCACAGACGGGUCGGUUCCGGAACGUUCAACUCGCCCAAAUCCAGCCCCAGCCGGGAUCGGCGAGUCCAGAGCGAACCGGAAACCCGCCACGUGAAACUCGUCGAUACCGAAACGCAAACCGACGCGAUGGAUAUUAGUGAGACUGAUGCGAGCCCUAGUCCUAACUUGGCCUCGAAACGAAUGUCGACCAGCCUACGGGAAGAGGCAGAUCUCGAGGGACGACUCCAGCGGGAUCCGAAUACGGAUUUGAGUCCAACCCAAAGGCCACAAACGCCACCGCCGCAAGGAUACCGAUGCGGAAAGCCCCAGUCCGAAGACGACGGAGAAGUGCCUGAAGAUGAAGAGAAUGGAAACUCGAUCUCCACUCCGAUGACGAAUAGCCGAAGCAGCGACAUGCUGACGAGUAGCAACCACCAGCAACACCACAGUCCUCUGCGUGAUCUGGACGAUGAGGAUGAAGGAGAAGACCGAGGUGUUUGCUCGAGUCCAGAUCCCAUCAUGGAUGUAAUGAAUAGCAAUGAACGGUUGGAUCGGGACUGUAGUGAUGACGAUAAGAUCGACACGUUAAACCGGAAGGUGAGCUUCAUCUCGGAGAAGCUUCAGCAGCAGAGUGUGAGCGCAGGUGGAGUCGGCGGCGGUGGUCACGUGCAACAACUAACGGACUACAGUAACAUCCUGAACGACAACAACGUGAUUGUGUAUCGCGCCAACAAGAUGCUGAACGGAAGCUUCGGAAAGGGAAGCAACCGGGUAGACGGUGGUGGAGCUAUCCUGAUGAAACAUCCGACUGCGGGAAGCAACCUGAAUGCGGGAGGCAGUGCAGUGGGAGCGUAUAUGUACAGUGGAAACGGAGUGGUGGACGAUCACCAUCUGGCGAGGCAGAACGAGGAACAAUGCAAUGACAGCUGGACUGACGAGGAAGGUGAAGAUCCCAUUGAACUGUACAACUAUGCGCUACGACGAAAGAGCAUUGCUCGUCUUCCCAUCAAGCGUGGCCGUCGCAGUAAGAUGUUCCAGAGCUCAACCCUCCCAGCCAGCCCUACUGCAUCCGCUCAGUGCUAUCACCAUCCUACCUCGCCGUCGUCCAGUGGUGCUUCACCGUCGCCUGCCGGUCUCGUUGGAGGCGACCCUGCCGCCGGGGCGCCCAUUUCCAUCGUCCACGCCAAACACCCAUCGAACGUGACCAUCUCGGACGAGGAGAACACCUCCGAGUACAGCCACGACCCGUCCAGUCAGCGAUCGACGCUGGAAAGCAACCCGGAGCUUCCGGCGGCCCUCCGGCACCACCAGCGGAUCAAGCAGCAACCGCCCAUGCACAAGAGUACGACGUCGGCCAAGGACACCGACGAUGACGACGACGAUGAUGAUGAUGAGGACGACGACGAGGUCGGAAUCGACUCCGCCAACAACGACUCGUGCGAUUCGAGCUCGGACGAGGAUAACGAAAGGGUUGGGGUGCAGCAGGGCAAGAAAUGUCGCCGCGUCGCCAACAAGGACGUGGAGAACGGGAACAGUUACUAGGAAGGGACUGGUAAGCGAGGGGGGGGGAGGGAAAGCGAAGGAGUGAGCGAAUGUGAUUUAUGGAAGAUCUUUUCUUUUUCUAAGCACACCUGAAACAAACUUGUCGAAUUCGGUGUUGACAUAUAAUUAGUAAAUAGUGAAGUUUACCGAAGUUCGGUAAACUUUCUCCACAAGAUCGAUAAAACUUGACGAAAGGUCGGUAGAAACGUACCGAAGAUCUGUGUAAGGCUUUACCGGCGUUAGGUGAACCUUACCCAUUCCUAACACCGAACUCGAUGAUUUCUGUUCUGGUGUGCUGGCAAUCUGUGUUGAGAUUAGUUGUUAAUCUUUGUACUCUUUGUGGAGCAAUACUAUGUUUAGGAUCGUUUUUUUUUUUGUUCGUUAGAUAAGUGUGUCUAUUCUACGGGUUUCGGUCCAAAGGAACGAAUCCCUCUUUCCCUGUUCCAUUCCGUUUCAGCAUUGUGAGAAAAGACUUUAAUAUAUAAGAAGCGAUAUUACGCGGAAUAAUAUUAACUUAAUUGUAUAUUAACAGAGAGAUAUGAUGUAGACUACAUACGCGAGUAGUAGACUUACGACGGAUUAUGAGUCGAAAACAAAAAAAAGAAACAGCAGGAACUAUGUUAAGAGUAAUGUAUUGCAUUGAACAAUUCUGCCCUUGUUGGCUAGUACGGGGACGCAGAAUUGAGCUACCUUAUGUGUAAAAAUACCUCCGUGAGAAGUUAAUUGUACCCCCAAUUAUGUAAAUUAUUAGUUUUUUACAACUCUGAGUUUAUAAAAGUGAUACAAAUCGUGAUUAUUUUUUCGUGUACAAGCAUAGAGAUACGCAGCACGCAUACGAGGAAAUCGAUGUGAAAUAUAGGAAAUAAUUAUACAGCUACACACUUAA